GGGCUUUAGUAAGCUGUGUCUGCAGGCACCUGGCCACAGCAUUGUUAGUAAUGUGUAGGAUACAAGCACCGGUACAACACAGGUCAUUAAUAUAGCCAAUCUUAGAGAGAACUAAUAGGGCAAAGAUGACCACCGGGGAUCUAGCAUAGAGAUGAACAUCACAUGUGGGAGACAUACUAAGCACAAGGGCGUCACCAUGUAUCCACUUUCAGUAACAUCAACCAGCAACAACCACACAGCGCAGAACUACAUCUCUAAUCAACCUUAUUUCAACUAUGUGGCGUAUCAUCAUGUUCCACCAAUGGAUGACCAAGGGCAGCCCUGUGGAGUUUGGGGACCUCAGUAUGGAUCACCAAGGGAGGAAUGGAACUCUUAUGGAGCUGGAACUUCCAACACAAAUAUGGCACAAUCAUCUGACUUAUCACCUAACCAGUUUGCUUAUAAUUCUUCUGGCUAUAGCUCUCCUCAUCCAUCGGGGACUGGGAUUUUACACCCUGUAGAUUUGACUCAUGCAGCUGCCAACUCACCCAGCGGUCUGAGUCAGAAUUCUUAUGAAUGGAUGGGAAAAACUGUGCAAUCAACUUCUACAGGCAAGACAAGGACCAAGGAAAAAUACCGUGUGGUAUACACUGACCAUCAGAGGCUGGAACUGGAAAAAGAAUUUCAUUACAGCAGAUAUAUCACUAUCAGGCGGAAGACAGAACUGGCUGCAAGCUUAAGACUCUCUGAAAGACAGGUAAAAAUCUGGUUCCAAAACCGCAGAGCCAAAGAAAGGAAGGUAUUCAAGAAGAAAAUUAACCAGUUUGAUGGCAUGUGUUCUGUGCAGAGCGAUUCCAGUUCAGCCAGUCCAAACCCACUUUGUGACUCUGUGGUACAUACGGAUAUGUUAGGCUCCUUAUACCAGCCGCCCUCAAUUGCACUCAGUGGCCUAUAGCAAUAAAGAAAGUGUCUGCAAGCAUGUCACUCUGUCCCAAAAAACUGCAAGCUUUGGAAGUAUUACAUGAACACCUUAUGUCACUCAGAUAUGAGACCUGCAAGUCAUCACCAUAGUGCGACAAAGAAAAUACGCAAAUUUGUUAUUUGUUCCACUGGAUCCACUGCUUUGUGAUUCAUUAAGCCCUUGACUAUGGGAGGGGGUUGUUUGCAAUCACCUGGACGCUAUUAUACAGUUGAAGCUAUUUCUGGGAAAUGCACCACAAAUGUGGAAAUUUGGAGCCAUGUAUGAUAAAAAAAUCAGUAAUAACUAUGGACCCGGAGAACGAAACCAAACUGUUCUGUUCUUUGAUUUCUCUUUCCCAAGUAUGACUGUACAAAACUGGAACGUAAACCAAACUUUAGGUCUUCCUAUCGUCUUUCUUUAUUAUAUAAGAAUUUUUGGGCAAAAGUUUAAUUUAUUGCUCCAUGUGAUCAGUGGCUGCAUCCCGGGUUGGAAAAGGCCGCAGUCAAACUAAGGCUAUUUUGGCAGACUAUUGAGACAUGCACAUUGGUAUAAUUUGUACAGUGUUUAAUAGAAUAUAAUUUUACUUAUUGGUUAUUGGGGGCCUGUAAAAGGACAAAGGAAACUUCACACUAUAUGGACUACAAAUAUCACAUCUAUAUCAGAGCUUUUCAACUGGUUUCAUGUUCAGGGACCAGAAUAUAAUAAAAUGAUCAUACAAAUAAAUUACUUGAGCAUUUGGACAGGCUUAGGGUAAUAUAGAUGUCUGAUUACCUCCAGCUGGCAGGCCCCAAGCUAUACAGCUCAUAUGAAUGGCAUUGCCAAGGUAUUAGAAAAUGUACUCAUCUGUGAACAUGAACUGUCCAUAGUAUCCUGCAGUAGUGAAAUCUAUUGGUGGCUUAGUUUUGCUUAAAUAAGCUUGCAAUCAAAAUUAAAGAAUAUUAUCCUAAUAUUGACCAAAUAUAGACACUUCCAGAGUGUGAAUCCUUAUGUUUGGAGCAGUUCACAAAUCUGUACUAGUGGGAACCAGUAUAAUAUAUAGAGGCUGAUUCACUAAAGGUCAAUAUUCCUUAACGCAUAGUUGUGUGCGUUAUUUAAGACGCGUUAUUUAAGGAAUGAUUUAUUUAAGACGCGUUAUUUAAGGAAUGAUUCAUUGGUAUUUUCGCAUGCGUUAAUAGACAUAGCGCAAGUGUUAAUUCUAAAUUUCUGCACAGUGAGGAGCUGUAGGGCAGCAAUUAAAGACCUUUAUGAGGAACUGGAGCCUUACCUACCGCCACUAACACAUUUUCAUGAUACCUUGGGCAGAUCCAGAAUGCACUACGUUCUGUGUCAUGGAAUUAUAUUAAGUUUCCCAGGGAAAGGAAUGACUAGAACACUGUAAAAAGAGACUUCUACUCUGCCAGUGGCAUCCCGAAUAUCUUAGGUGCUAUAAAUUGCACUAAUGAAGUGUGAAAAUAUCAAAUGCCCUAAAAUAUCACACAAAAUAACGCAUGCUAUAAAAUACCGAACACAGUUCAGCUAAAAAUAUCACUUCUUAAGUUAGAUAAGUGAACUUUUAGUGAAUCGAUCGCUAAAAAACACUCACUUUUUCGACCGUUAGUGAAUCGGCCCCAUAGAGUAUACAGUACUUGGCCCAUACACUGGACAUAGACAGUUCAUUCAUGUCACGAAAGGUGAAACAAUUAUGUUUUUACUGACUGCACUUGGUUAGGGUUUCCAUGUCAUUCAAUUUAAUUAUUUAAUAAAGAAUAAAUAAGA